AUGAACGGCGACCAUAAGGGCACGUUGAUUUCUGAGGCUGGUUCUAAAAGUGAUCCAGCUUCGGUAGCCAUCGGAGAUAAUGACUUGCCCAGCAAUUUGGUGGUUCUAAAACUUCUUGUCUUGGAUGAUGAUGAAGGGCACCUCCAUGUUCUCAGAAAGAUGCUUGAAGAAUGUCAGUAUGAAGUCAUAAGCUGCACUCAAGUUGAAAGCGCCUUGGAAAAGCUUAGGCAAAACAAAGAUGUUUUUGAUCUUCUUCUCAGCAAUGACAUUGUGUCGGGCAUGGAUGGAUUCAAUCUUCUCAGAGAUAUUAGCAUGGAGUUUGACAUCCCAGUCAUUAUAAUGUCAGGAGAUGAUAGGAGAACAAGGAUAAUUAAGAGCAUUGAACAUGGCUUCUGCGCUUGCCUGGUCAAACCCAUCCAGAAGAAAGCACUGAUGGACAUAUGGAAGCACGUGAUCCAAAAGAGGAAGUGUAAAUUCAAAGAUUUGGUGCGAGUCAGAGGUCCCGAGAACAGAAACAGCCCGGAGCCGAACUUUGAUCACGCACACAAGAGCCCAAAGAAUUCAAAGAGGAAGAACAACGGUGGAGAUAGCAGUGAACAUGAGCAGAAUGAUGCCAUUCUGACACCAAUGAAGAAGCAACGUGUUGUUUGGGAUUCGGCACUUCAUGAUCAGUUUGUCUCGGCAGUUACUUACCUCGGUAUCAACGAGGCGGUUCCAAAGAAAAUCUUGGAGCUGAUGAAUGUUCCUGGCCUUACUCGGGAAAAUGUAGCUAGCCAUCUUCAGAAAUAUCGUCAACAUCAGAAGAAGAAGGCUCAAGAAAGCUUGGAAAGCACGUUUGGGCCUAUGUCCUCCGAUGGCAAUCUUGACUUACAUGAACUUAUUGGCCACGAGAAUUGGAAGAUAAAUAUGAGCGAAAGGCAUCAAAGGCGGCAGAUGAUGAAACACAAAGAGUCACAUCAAUAUCAAUAUCUCCAGACUUCUCAGAAUAUGAAUAUGCAUGUUGAGAUGGCUCCAUCAUAUCAAACAACACAGCCAAUGAUGUCUGGAAAUUCGGGGAAUCCGAUUGUUUCUAGUGGGGUAGCAGAAGCAAAUUUUCCAUAUGGGUGUAACACCAUUGAAAUGGGAAGAGAGGAAGCAUAUCAUCCAGUUUUGCAGACACCAUCAUCCUUUGAAUUCCCGAUUUAUUCCCAUCUGGAAAAUCAGUUAUAUGGACUUCCCUUUGUUCAUGACUUCUCGCAAAUUGGACUCCAAGAUUGGGAGUUGAACUUCCAACAUGAGAAUAUCAUACCUGAUCAGCCUCAUGAGGAUACCAUUCCUCGCGAGGGAACAAUCAAUUUAGAUAUGCAGAGGAACAUCCCUUCUGGUGACAAUGCAGUGAGGAUGAAAUCGGAGACUUUUCCCGGCACAAAUUUGCAGCCCUUUCCUGCACGUUUCGGGUUGGAGGACCCCAACAGCCCAGCUUCCUGA